UAUCGUUGUUUAGGUACCUACAACACAAGCCUUAUUGAGCUUACUGUGGGACUCAGUCAAUUUGUGUAAUAAUGUCCUAUAAUAUUUAUUUAUUUACUUGCACAGGCUGGUCUAUCAAAAUCGUUGCCAAGUUAGCUUGUAUUUUAUCUCAACAGUUUGCGUUCAAAAGUAACAACAACAAUUUAAUUGUCCUUAUUUCUUUUUGUUAUGUUAUUAGAGUAGAUCAUGAGUAUUAUAUUCUUUGGAGUAGAUACUCUUGAUGCGUAGUCGAUAAUCUACUUUUGAUGCUGACUGUACGUAUAGUUAGAAAACUUUGUUCCGCGAAAAAUAAAACGAGACACAGCGCGCCACCUAUUGACGUGACAACACAACUUCUUAAACAACAAUGAAUAGAGGGCAGCAGAGAGCUACAAUUAAUAAUGACCAAGUUUUGAAUUUAACUUUAAAUUAGACGUAAGUACAUCAUUAUGUUGUAAAUUAUUUGUGUUUUGAUUCAGUUUUGUCAUUUGACACAAUGGUCUCGUAACGCUCUUUCUACACGCUCCUAAAAUAUUGAUUUACGAAUAAACAUGUCGGCGUCUUAAUUGCGCAUGCUCGCACAAAAGGUUACCAGAGGGCUGUGAAUCUCAAAUCUAAUUAGUUUUUAUUUUUCAUGUAAAUAGUAGCCAAAUGAUAGACCCUAUGUUUAUACAAAAACAACGAAAACCCUCAAACGCGUUCGAAGAGAUCAUUUAGUAAAAAGUGUCACAGAAAUGGGUAAUAUUCAGGGAAACGAAAAACAAAGUAAGACAAGCAAGUCACCAGCGAAAGGGCGGAAUUUUUUGAAAAACAGAAAAUCACCGGGUAGGGACAGCAAGAAACAUGGAAGGAAAAAGAGCGGCGGGAAGCGAGGGGCCGCCGAUACGUUCGAUAAAACGCCCGAUUCCGAUAAUAUUGAAGUGGAAGCGUCAGAUAACGACAUGCUCGAGUGCGCGUCGAAAACGGGAGGGAGCGCGGAGUCGGCGAGUCAGUCGGAGUUAACGGUGUCCAGGUGCGAGGAGCGGUCAGCGACCCGCGCGCCCUCCACGCCCGACUCAGUGCUCACGGACCCGCUGGCGCCGCUCGCCGCCGUCGAAGUCAACCAGUGCUACUACUCGGCCGAGAGCAGCGCACACGACGACGCGCACACGCUCACUCCCAUGCCUCACGACGACGCGACCUCCUUGCUCGACUUAGACAAAGAAGAAAAAUCUGACGUGUUCGAUGACAGUGACAAGAGUGACAAUGUUAUGGGGUUGUCCGGCAGCCGCGGGGAGCGGCUGGAGCGGCUCACGCACGAGUGUGGGCACGAGUUCCGCGAGUUUCGGCUGAAGGCGGCGCCGGCGCAGUCCUCGUUCACGGUGUCGCGGCACCGGAAGGUGGAGCUGCAGCCCGCGCCGCCUGUGCCUGCCGUGCCCGAUGCCGAUCCCGACCCCGCGCUGGCCGUGCUCAAUCAUGAAGAACGUCGAGCAGCGAGCGUGAGCGACGCGCUACCGGAGUCCAACGUGCUUCGGAAGGUCGCCUCGCUCACGCUAGACAAGCAUUCGGAGCCGCGCGUGCAGCGCCCCAACUUCGUGCCAGAGAAGCUCAACUUUCAGCUCUAUGAGAAGUUUGAAGGGCUUAUGCUCCUCAACUGGUUCAUAUCGUCCGUCGCGGAGAACAGUUACUUGAAAAAUCUCCUGACCGCACAAGAUUUGAAGAACCUUGGAACUCAAUACUGCACGCACCUGCUGGCCGCGGGGGUGCUACGCCAGAUUCCAGAUAAGGAUGCGCCCACUGAAAAUAUUUUUAAGCCUAAUUUAAUGUACUACUGGGCCCACAUGGAAACCCCCGUCUCUCAGCCAAUCACCCCUGGCCGCCUGCAUGUCUCCUGGCCAGACAAAGAUGUCUACAGCAUCGCCCAAGAUCACAUCACAAACCUGCGGAAUGAAAAUCACAGAUUCAGCAACCAAAAUAACAAUGACGAAAUAGAUGAUAUCAGUGAAGCAAAAGCGGUCAUAGCGCAGCUCAGAAAUAGACUAAUAGAUUUAGAAUUACAAAUCGAGAAAUUAAAGUUAAGCGCUCAAAUUGAAACAAUCAACAAAAAUUUGGAGAAAUGUUUCGAGUUUCCCGACAAAUUAAGCAAAUCAGUGGACAAAGAGAUACAAACCUCAAUCGAAACACUUCCUGAACCUGUGAUAUCUUUACCUGCUAAUCAAUGUGUAAGAACAAGAGAUAGAUUAGAUUUAAGUACAGUAGCUUGUAAUACUGAACCUAUUAACAAUAUUCAAAGUGAAGGAUCUGAUAGUAUAGAAAAUUAUUGUAAGCUAAAUAAAAUACGAGAUUAUGAAGCACAUAAAGAACCUGACAAUGAAAGACUGGAUAAAAUUGAAGAAAAAAUCAAAGAGACCCCUGAAAAAGCUUUGACAGACUCUCUACACAGCAUAGGAAGCUCAGAAGCUUCGUUCUUUAGUAUUCAUAACAACGAUUUAAUUUCUAGUACACAUGAAUGUUCCUCCGAUAUAGUUAGGAAAGACAGUGAAUCAAAGGCUGCAAUAAACAUUCCAAUUACGGAAGUAUUAUAUAUAAAUAAUGAUAUUCAAGUUAAUACAAUGGCAUCAACAGAAACUAGCAAGUUAUCAUCAGAAAGCACAUGCAUUUCAUCUGAAAGUGUAACUACGAAACUACAAACUGACAAGAAAUCUAAAGAAACAUCGGAACCAAAUGACCUAAAGGCAGAGCCACCUGACAAAACUCAAAAUGUCUCGCCUGAGUCACAUGCUUCGAAACCAACAUCACCGGUGCCAUCAAAAGUAUCUCCUACAAUGGAUAUUUCCGUCUCUAAAGAACCAAUAGCAAGUAGAAUAAACACUCCUUCAAGCAUUCCUUCACCGGGGAUGGUUCCACCGCCUCCACCGAUGCCUGAUUUGGUUUCUAUGCCUCCACCAAUGCCAGAAACUUGCCCUUUACCCCCACCAAUGCCCGCUAUGGGACCACCCCCACCCCCACCAAUGCCUGGUAUGGGACCUCCGCCUCCUCCAAUGCCGGGUAUGGCGCCCCCACCCCCACUGAUGCCCGGUAUGGCGCCCCCACCCCCACAGAUGCCUGGAAUGGUGCCUCCACCACCUCCAAUGCCCGGUAUGGGGCCUCCACCCCCACCGAUGCCCGGUAUGGGGCCUCCACCCCCACCGAUGCCCGGUAUGGGGCCUCCACCCCCACCGAUGCCCGGUAUGGGGCCUCCACCCCCACCGAUGCCCGGUAUGGGGCCUCCACCCCCACCGAUGCCCGGUAUGGGGCCUCCACCCCCACCGAUGCCCGGUAUGGGGCCUCCACCCCCACCGAUGCCCGGUAUGGGGCCUCCACCUCCACCGAUGCCCGGUAUGGGGCCUCCACCCCCACCGAUGCCCGGGAUGGGGCCUCCACCCCCACCGAUGCCCGGCAUGGGGCCCCCUCCGCCGCCGAUGCCCGGCAUGGGCCCCCCUCCGCCCCCGCUGCCGGGCGCGGGCGCGCCGGCCCCGCCCCCCCCGCCGGCCCCGGGCGCGGCGCCGCCGAGCGCGGGCCCGGCGCCGUUCCCCGCCCCGCCUGUAGGCGGCUGGACUAUGCAAAGAGCGACCUUAAGAAAGAUCCCCGUGAAGCCGGCGGCGCCGAUGAAGCCGCUGUACUGGACGCGCAUCCUGGCGCCGGCCGCGGCGCCGGCGGCCGGCGAGGCCCCGCAGGCCCCCAAGCCCCUCUGGCUCGAAAUAGAAGAGACCAACCUGGAUAACAUAGAUGAAUUCGCAGAUCUCUUCUCCAGACAAGUCGUCAAAGCGCCAGUCAAGAAGAAAGUUGAAGUGAAAACGAAAAUUCAGCCGGUUAAGAUAUUGGAGAGUAAGCGCUCGCAGAAUGUGGGGAUUUUGGCGCAGAGUCUGCAUGUCGAGUUUUCGGAGAUAGAGAAUGCUAUAUAUAAUUUUGAUACGUCCGUUGUCAGUUUGGAAGCGUUGCAGCAGAUUUACGAAAUGAGAGCGACCGACGAAGAGCUAUCCCAAAUUAAGCAACACCUGCAAACGAAACCAGACGUGCCACUGGACAAGCCCGAGGCGUUCCUGCACGACCUCAGCAGCAUCCCCAACUUCGCGGAGAGGAUCUCCUGCUUCAUGUUCCAGGCGGAGUUUGAAGAUGCGGUCAGCACUACUAUGCAUAAGUUGGACAACUUGAAGCAUACUUGUGAGUUCCUGAUGACGAGCGAGGCGCUAAAGAGGGUGUUCGCGAUAAUUCUGACGCUAGGCAAUUAUAUGAAUGGCGGCAACGGGCAACGUGGACAGGCCGACGGCUUCGGCCUUGAGAUACUCUCCAAACUUAAGGACGUCAAGUCGAAACGCUCAACAGUGACUUUGCUCCACUUCAUCGUGCGCACGUACAUGCGCGCGGCCGGCGUCGGCAGCCCGCUGCCGGUGCCCGAGCCGGGCGACGUGGCGCGCGCCGCGGCCAUAGACUUCGCCGACGUGGCCGGCUCCCUCGCCGGCCUCACGCGGCAGCUGGCCGCAUGCAAAGAUAAAACCAAGAAAGUUCUUGAAAAAACCGACGCACAACGGAGUCCUGAAGAGAACGAAACAAAACGCAUAGAUGUUUUCGAAGAAAAAAUGGGUACUUUCCUCACCGCCGCCGAGGAAAAAUUGAAAGCCGAGCAUGAAAAUCUUGAAGAAUGUCGGAGCAAAUUCUUUGCGACAGUCAGGUUUUAUCAGUAUACCCCCAAAGUUGGGAAGCUAGAGGACUGUGAGCCGAAGGAGUUCUUUUCGCUGUGGACGAGCUUCUGCAGCGAUUUUAAGGAUAUUUAUAAGAAGGAGGAGCAGAUUGCUAUUAAGGAAAAACUAAAAGAGGCCAAGAAGCAUCAAGAACAGCGAAAAUCUCAAUCUAUCGUGCAACCGAAGAGAGAAGGCGGGUUGAAAGCGCGACUACAGAAGCUAUCUAGCACCACUAGGAAGUAAACAAACUGACAGUUAUGGCAUUUAUUAAGUAUUUCGUUAUGUCGCUACGCGUCACUUUCGUUGGCGUAUUUAGGAAAGAGAUGUAAGUAGCGCAAUCCAAUAGGCGGAUCCACACAGAUCGAGCCGCCUCGCGAGGAAAUUGCCUCGCGAAUCAGCGCGAUAUGUGGGACGUGCCGCGCCCGAGGCAACGCGGCCGAGGCACGUCUACAGAGAGCGAGCUGUUCGCGCGGCAAUUUCCUCGCGAGGCAGUUCGUUCCGUGUGGACCAGCCUAAUAACAAAUCAUGAAGUGAUUUGCCGGGAUGAGGUCUACAAAAGUUUGCCAUUCUUGCCUAUAAUUAUUUAUAUACGAGAUUUAAUUAGCUUCGCGUAUGAGGGCUGUGAAAAUAAUCAUUAUACACUUAUUAGUCUCCCAUGAAACCUGUCUAAGGUCAAUAACUUCUCUCAGAAGCAGCAUUUCAGCUGCGUUUACAUGUAAAACGGCGUUGUCAGGUUUAUUACGCCUGGUGUAACGAAAGUAGUAUCGGCACGUUCGAGGGCAUUAUCGGUACCUAUAAUAUUCUUAUUAGAAAAUAAAUAUUCGCCGACCCCCCAGAAACUUUUGUUAAAAAUCUACUUUUUCAGACUGGAGGAUUAAAAUUUUUGAUAUCGUCAUCAGGCCAACCAUAGAAAAAAUCUUAUUUUUAAUUUGAACCUUCCCAUAUAGUAAAUUGCCAAUGUAUCGUUUGAAAAAGCAAUAAAAUAAAUGAAAUGCUACUUUAUUUGGUUUGGCCGGCUCGUUAAUAUAAGCUGCAAAUGUUUGGUUUUAUAUUUGAAUAUAUGCUUAAACGCUACCCACCGAUGCUAUACUGGGUCGGUAGAGAAUAAAACAUUCAACUCUAAAUUUAAUACGCCAAGGUAGGUUUUUAUUUAGCUGGCAAAUUUUGACCCCUGGGAGUUAGAGGAGUAAAUGGUCUGUGAAUAAAAGGCGAUUAUAUACAUAAGAUGUAUGCAUACUAGAGACACAUGCCUAUCUUUUAUGUACAAAUAAUUUAAUACUAUCAACAAAGAAAUAUAUAACUCCGUAUAAGAUAAAUAAAGUCAAAGAAAAGACUUGCCUCGCAAAAUCAAGAAAAAAAUACGCUCGAAUAGAUGGCGAUAUACCCUUAGCCUAUACUCGAGUAGAUGGCGACACCGUUUGUUAUUUAAUACAUACGUGAAAGAACAUGGGCCAAAUAGCCAUAUGUCAAUCUAAGAGUCUUAGUCCUGUGUCGAAAGAUGGCAGUCAAUUUAGUAGUCUACAAAAUUUACUUUGACAAUACGCCUCUAUACUCAAUUAUCUUUGCUAUCAGAUAUGACGCUCUAAAAAAACCUCACGAGUAUUAAAUUAUUCACUUAUUUUAAGUAUAAAAUACUGGAAUGAUAAUUUUCUAAAUAACUAAUCGAAUUUAAACCUACCUUUUACUAGUAGACAACCGCCGUUUUCUAUAACAUUUAACCAAUACUAGGGAAUAUUACGCGAAACUGCGUAGGAACGCCACUACCACAAUCUGAGGGUCUACCGCUAACACGAAAAUCGAAAUUUCGUUACCUAAACUUUCUCCCAUUCGAGCGAUGAAGAGGCAAAUAACUAAAUUUCGAUUUUCGCGUUUCCCGGUAGGCCCUUUGUUAACAAACCGCCUUGAUGCAUCAAUGUCAUAUUUUAGUAUCUGUGAAAACUUGUCAAAAAACAGUUUAAGGCACAGUAUGUAUAAGUUACUCUUUGGUUUACGAUAGGUGCUAGUGCUGCACUCUGGCGGCAGAAUAUUGCAGUAAUACUCCCUAUUGUGUCAUUUUCAGUUUUUUUAUUGUUAAAAAGUAAACUUAUAAUAAUUAUACAUUCCGUGAAGUCAUGUGAAGUAAAUAAUGUAUUGUGAAUUGUUUUCAUGUUGAUACUGUAAACUAUGGGGAGUUGUGAAGCGUUAUGUAAAUAGUGAGUCUUAUAACUUGUGUAAAUAUAAACAAAGCGCAAAUAUAUAUUACAAAUUAUGGAAUACAAAUAUGACUGCAUUAUUAUAAAUCCAUUUGUAUGCUAAGUGUUGAUUGUGAGUAGGGAAUGUAAACCGGUUUUUAUUUGUAUAAAAUUUCGGUUAAUAACCGGUUUUUACAUGCAAAUAAAAACCGGUUUACAUUACCUAAUUGUGAGUCACGUUGAGAUUUCAAAUUCUUGUUCUAAUUUGAUCAUAGUCAUUGGAAACCAACAGAUAAGCAAUGAUAUUAUAUAAUUUAUUUCAUUAGGACAUUUCCUCGCGCGGCAAACGACAGGCCUCGUGCUCGUGUAACUAUUGCCUCAGCCGACCGGCACCGACACCGAGCUUAGCCAAGGUCGCGCUCUGCCUCGACCGAGGCACGUCUACAUUGGCCGUUAUGUGCGCGAGGAAAUUGCCUCGCGCGUAUGCUCGCUCUGUGUGGACCCGCCUACGCCUAUUACCUACGAAUGAAUCAAUUUUUUUGAUUAAUUUUCGCAUAUUUGUUAUAAGUACUCAUUAAACAUAAGCUUGUCUCUUUCGGUGUGCGGGAGCUCGUCAGCACGUGCACAUGUCUCGUUUGCCUAGACGCGACUAAAAACAACUUGUACAAUUUGUUAACGGUAAGGGCUUUAAUUCUGGAACGCUUAUAACUUACCUGGAGUUAUAAUAUCAUUGCAGAUAAGAUUGUAAAGCUUUUAUCAUAUAUUGUGUCAUUUAUGUCUAAUACCUACUUGUUAGAUGUCUACAAUGACAUAUGAUAAAAGUGAAACCAUCAUAAUUUUCCACACAGGGUUGUAUUACAAACAUGUUUGUUAGAAACAAUUUGAAGGCUUUUAUAAAAUGCUCCAAAGUUUAUGAGAUUAUCCAUUUAUUUCUCUGCCUCUGGUUUUAUUAUUUUUAAAAAGGACGCUUAGCACUAGGAAUUUCGUACACUGACCCUGCCUGCUACCUGCUACUAUAUCGCACACGUAAUUAUAUUGCUAUCCCGCAAGGCAUCAUGGGUUGUCAAUGUCACUGUGAGAGCGGGACAGCAAUAUAAGUAUGUGCGUGCAAUAGAGAUAGCAAUAUGCGGGUCAAUGUACCAAAUUCCUUGUGAUUCCUUUACCAGCAACAUUUUACUUGUAUAAAAUAUUUUCCCUAAUGAAUCAACUUGCAUUAUUGUUUAAUUAAUGAUUACUGAAGAAACUUUGAUAUAACAUUGUCAAACUAUGAUAAUAUAUUCAAAAUAAUAUAGAGACAUUUCAUAUGAAGUAAUCUGUUUUUGUAAUUUUGCUUUAAUAUUGGAAGCGAUUUAAAUUACGGCAUCUAAAGUGAUAAAGUAAAAACUAUAAUUUCUUAUUGACAUUGGCAAUACCAUGUAUACCAUUAUUAUCCGAGCAAAACAGCUUAAUUACCUAAUGCACGGAUUUUGUAAUAUUUUAUUUGUUUUAUAUUGUACCUGAAUAUAUCUUUGAUUGUGUUAAAACAUCUAUAUUUUUUCACAGUGAUUAAAUUGGUGCUGUUAUGAUUAAACUGUAAAUAAUUUGUGUUAGUAAAUAAUACAAGAAAAAAUGGAAAAUACAUUUAUUAACUAUAA